AUGGCUGCGAUUGCCGGUGACUUCGAUCAGCAGGUGCGGAAACCACGCAAGAAGCCUCCGUGGAAUACUGGGCACUACUACGACGAGAACGAUGUGGUGGGCCGAGUGCGCACAGUGGUGAGGAGUGCGAAGAUACGCCAGCAGCUGCUGGCAGAGGGCAAAGAGCCCGGCGUCCUCCUGAAGAGGGACAGGGACCAGGAGGUGAAAUUCUGGAGAUCGGUCUUCGACAAGUAUGACGCGGACAGUUCCGGCGCUCUGGACUUUGAGGAAAUCACCGACGUUGUUCGCGAAGAUCUGAAGAUCUCCGAGCGGACGCUGUCUCGAGUUGAGUUGAGGGACUUUUAUUCCCAUUUGGACCUGAAUGGCGACAUGGUGGUCGACUGGCACGAGUGGCUUGACUUCGUCUCGCAGGGCAAGCUACGUGACACACGGCCGAUUGAUCAGGUCCUCACCGAGGUGGGCGCCGCCCUCCGGCUGGGGCUGCGGCGACGUGGCCUGAAGCCAAACCAGGUGGAGCAGUACAUCCGAUCCAUUCCCGAGGUCACAGAAGUUGUUGACGUCGCGCUUUUCUUCAAGAUCUUCCGAAGGGGCCUGGUCAUCAGCCGUCAUGAUUGUCCAGAUGACAACUUGAAGCGGACCUUCGCGAGCUUGUCUGAUGGUGCAUCUCAUGUCCCGCUCCAAGACGUUAUUGAAUUUCUCACGAUCUCGUGUUUGGCGAUGAAGACGAAGGAGAUCGGCAUGGGGACUACUUUUCCGGGCCUAAUUGGUGGCAUGCGGCAUCUUCUGCCCCGGCGUGAGCCGCACAGCCGACCCGGGACCUUUCCCUUCGGGGGCACGGUGAGUGGCCCCACGGCAGUCCCUUUCGCGUUGAACGGGCGAAGGUUGCCACCAACUGGCAGGCUUUCAUUGAAGCUGUUCCCAACAGAGCGUCAAGAGCGGACCACCCUCCGCCCCGUCGUUUCCUGUCCAGACUUGGCAAACCACGAUGCCCAGCAGCUGCACUUCUCCGAAGCGACACUUGCAGCUCUCGAAGCGGCGCAGGCGAAGAGUGAGGAAACCCAACCCGUUUUCGCGCCGCCACCGUCACCGAAGUCUCCAUCGCUGGCUUCGCCACGGGCGCCCUCGCGAGGAGGCAAGCGCGAGCGUGGCGAGCGCGCGGAGCGUGCCCCGGUGGACGCCUCGCAGCUCGCAGCAGAGGCUGCGCAGACCUUGGCAUCCGAUGAGGCAAAGCCGAAGGCGAUGACGCGCACAUUCGACAUGGCAAUGGGUGCGGCGAAGUCCUUACAGGAUAAGGCUACGUCGGACCCCUUCGCGGUUUUCCUGAAGGUUACUGCCGCGGCGGAGACUGCAAAAACGCCGCCAGCCAAGGCUCCAAGGCCGAAGAGGUGCCCGGUUGAGUCUUCCAGCGACACCUACCGCGUGAUCGUGGGCAAGGAGUCCCUGAACAGAGUCGAGCGUCGACUUUUCGAGGCGGGUGUCGAUGUCCGUGGGGGAUAUCACCGCCACCUGAACAGACCAGUGCUGUGA